CCUAUAUAAACCCCACCAGCCCAGCCCACUCUUUGCUUCUCACUCACUGGUGUCCAUUCGCUUUGCUACGUAGCAGCAGCAGGGUAGCUCCUCAGUCCAAUACGUCGUCUCGAGUGAAGAAGAUCAGCAGCUCGAUGGCGCUCUCUCGUCGCAGCGCCGCAUCCGCCCUCCUGCUUCUCGUGCUCCUCGUGGCCACAGAGAUGGGGACGACGACGACCAAGCUGGCGGAGGCGCGGGACUGCCUGUCGCAGAGUCACAACUUCAAGGGCGCCUGCCUCAGCAGCAGCAACUGCGCCGGCGUCUGCCACACCGAGAGCUUCCCCGGCGGCGAGUGCCACACGCAGCACUUCGAGCGCAAGUGCUUCUGCAAGAGGGUCUGCUAGCCCGCCUGCUCGCCCCGGCCGCCCUGCCGGCCAGCGCCGAGACGUCCGAUCAUCCGUGCCGUGCCUCCACGUUCGUCAGUAGUAGUAUUUCUGUUCCGUGACGUUAGAUAGUUCAUCCGUGCCGUUAGCUACUUUUGUUCUGUUCGUCCGUGUGUCCCUCUUAGUAUAGAAUAGAACUAUAAUAAAGUAGAAAACCAAUCGGGGUCUCGGUUGUUUAGUUCGCUGUACGCCUGUUUGUGCCUGAUUUGUGUGUGGUGAUGUACUAAAUAUGGUCGUUAUUUCAGCAUGCAUGGACAUGUGCAAUGCA